AUGAAAGAAGCUAUUAUCGACAAGACCGUUUCGGUCAUCAUCCGCGACGUUGACAUCCCCACUCCCAAACCCGGCCAGGUCCUCAUCCGGGUAGUGGUGUCGGGUACCAACCCGAAGGAUUGGAAAGUCCCCAAAUGGCAACCAGAUACUGUCCUGAACCAGGGAGAUGAUAUCGCGGGUGGGGAAGGAGUCCGGAACUUCCGCAAGGGAGACAAAGUGGCGGCGUUCCACGAGAUGCUCAGCCCCCAUGGAAGUUAUGCCGAGUACGCCAUUGCAUGGGAACAUACGACAUUCCAUCUCACCGAGAAGACCAGCUUUGAAGAGGCUGCUACUAUCCCCCUCGCUGCGAUGACUGCGGCUUUGGGCCUAUAUCAAGAACUGAGACUGCCUCUGCCUUGGGCUCCUGCCGAUAAGCCCACACCACUGGUUGUGUACGGCGGUGCCACAGCGGUUGGGGCAUUUGCGAUCAAGUUCGCUCAGCUAUCGAACAUUCACCCUAUUAUCGCUGUUGCAGGCAAAGGCGCACCCUUCGUUGAGACACUGAUCAGCAGAGAAAAGGGAGACACGAUCGUCGAUUAUCGGGAAGGCGAUGACGCCGUCCGCUCGGCGAUCAAAGCUGCCAGCAAGGGGACACCCAUUCACCAUGCCUACGAUGCCGUGUCCGAGAAGGGAAGCUAUAUAAAUCUGGGCGCUGCUCUCGAUGCACCUGGGAAGAUCACUGUCGUUCUACCUGCGGAGGCUGAUAAGGUGAAGGAGCAAAUCAGCAUCCACCGGACUAUGGUUGGGUCUGUUCAUAUGCCCCCUGCUAAGGGCCAGGCUCUUGGUGAUAAGGAAUUCGGAGCUGCUUUCUUCCCAUUUAUUGGCCAAGGUCUGGCACAAGGCUGGUUCUCAGGCCACCCGUAUGAAGUGAGGAAAGGUGGAUUGGGGGGUCUCGAGGGCGCAUUGAAAGAUCUGGAGGCCGGCAAGGCUUCUGCGGUGAAAUAUUUGGUUAAGAUUGCCGAGACUGAGGGAGUCCAGCAAUAG